UCACCUUUCUGGCUGCCAUCAUCGCGAUCAACCCGGGUUGAUCAAUCGAAGAGCAUCGCCGCUGCCCACUUUUUAUGGAAUGAGAUACUUUGAUCGAAACGUCAAUCAGACGCAGGGUAAUGGUCAACAAUUUUCUUCCGAGAUUCCUCCGCUUGAACCCCAACCCUUUUCGGAUGGAGAAACGAAAGCGAAAGACAGGGUUUGGCCUGGCUUUCAAAACAAGCUGGCCACGGAAACGUGGAAUGGAGACCGUCUUGCAGAGUUUGCUCGAGGAAAACCACGAGUCAGUGAACGAAAAAACCGCCUUCUCGACUCGCCGAUGCAGCCUCUUCAAUACUGUGUUUUCAACCAACGAGUAAAGACCAUCAGUUUCCACUGUCGGUCUCCUGUCUCCGAGAUCUGGUUGUCAGGUCCCUCGAAAUACGAAAACAGCAGGAGCCCGGACGGGGCGGUGGGGGGUGCGGGCGAAGAAGGCUGGCAAGAAUCACCCACGCCCGUUUGGACCCGCUUCAAUCCCCUGGGGCCUGCUCCCUGUUUUUGGUUACCCGUCCCAUCGUGUGGGACCCCUUGGCACUCUCGUUUGACCGCUUGGCGGAAACUGGCCACCCUCAAGAUUUUUGGAAGGCUCGACAGCGCCGAUGACCCCCGUCAUUUCCGUCAUCUUGUCCCGUUACCCUGUCACCCUGUCCACCCCCAAAUUCCACUGAACACAGGAUGCCGCCGUUUUUGAAAUUGCUGUGCAUGGAAGCUCAGCGUUUCCCACACCGUAACCGUGAAUGACCGAAGCGAGAACGCGUCUCUCUCAAGAGAGAGACCUGCGAGCUGCAUCCCAUCCCAACGUAUGUACAC